AUGGAAGCAAGCACACAAUCUUCUGUAGAAGCGCCAACUAUAGCUUUCCAUCAUCGAGUUAUCGUUGCAUCAGUCCUAGCGGGUUUAGCAAUUAUCGGCCUCUUUGGCAAUACUCUUGUUAUCGUCUCCGUCAUCACCACGAAGAAUCUCCGUACGGUCACCAACAUCUUGGUGGUCAAUCUCGCUUUCGCUGACAUUUUGACGUGUUGCAGCAUUCCGUUUCAGAUCGCCGGUCUCUUGAGUCAAACGGGAAGGUACCCGAUUCCCGAGAUCCUCUGUGCAACUGUGGCUGGAGUUGGAUACACCAGCGUAUGCAGUAGUGUAUCUAAUUUAGUCGCUAUCGGUUUCGUCCGCUGGUACGUCAUCACCAGAUCUAUUCGUGGUCACCAAGGUCUCAAUACUCCGAAGAAUAUCGCGAAAGUCGUGCUGUUUAUCUGGAUGGAGUCAGUUGCACUCAUGAUCAUACCUCCUGUUCUAGGAGUCGGGACUCUCGGUUAUUCAAGAUACUACGGCAUUUGCACUUUGACGGAUACAAACCCACGGGCCUUCGAUAAUGUCAUCUUUCAGGGCGCUGUCAUCAUUACUGCCCUGAUACUCACCUUGGUGUUUUACGGACUGAUAUUGCGCCACGUUUUGCAACAUAAUAAGCAGUUCCGAGACAAGUUUGCAGAUGAUAGAGUUUCCGAUUCAAGCUCAGCAGACACACAACAGAAAAAGGCUUCUUUAUCUUCCUCUCAAGAUUCUCGUCCACCUAUGAUCAAAGCUAUCAACCAAAAGGAGAUCGAGAUCACAAAGAAUGUUUUCACGGUUGUCUGCCUCUUCAUGAUUUGCUUUGUAGCGCUAGGCGUGAACUCCGUAAUUCCCCGGGCAAGCCUGACCAUCCUUUAUGGCUACAUGAUCAUGAUAGCGAACAGCGUGGUCAAUCCGAUCAUCUAUGGUCUAAAGCAUCCCAACUUUCAAGAGGCUUUCAAGAGAAUCAUAUGCUGUCGUCGCCGACCGCUCGAGCGUGUCUCAAACUGA